GAUAAAUGUGGGCCGCGUUGAUACCCACCCGAAGCGUUAUCAAUUUUAUCGGAAGGUUGACGUUGUGCACCGGUCGGCCAGUCAAACGAGUACGGUUCGGUACGGAGGGUGGUCGUUCCAUUCGACAACGACGAGACUCCUCGCGGGCUAGUUUGCCAAAGUUCAAGGUGAGGGCAGCAUAAUGCCGAAGGAAAAGACAUCGAAGCAUGUGAAGUGCGACGUGCUGUUUGAUGACAACUCGAGCGGUAUAUUUACGGCCGGCGAUCGUGUCACCGGGACGAUCGAGCUGCACCUUACCAAGAUCAAAAAAGUGCGAGGUGUCUGUUUGCUUAUCUCCGGGUUUUCGGCCGUGUUUUGGGAGGCAAAGGUACCGGACGGUCCGAAAAACAAAAAGGUGAAGGCGCAAUUUAAGGGCCGGGAAGACUUCAUCAAGCAGAAGCUGUAUCUUGCCGGGUCGGAGAAUGGUGCCGGUAUGCAGCUACCUCCGAACCACAUCCGGUACAAGUUCGAUUUCACCAUCCCACCGGCGGCACCGACCUCAAUGGAGGGAAAGUACGGACACGUCCGCUAUCUGCUGCAGGUGACGCUCGAGCGGCCUUGGAAGUUUGAUCACAACUUCCAGCAACCGUUCACCGUCGUGUGUCAGGCGGAUCUGAACCAAAGCAACGAGGUGCUGUGCAUACCGACCAAGGUGGAGAAUAUGUUAACAUUCUACUGCGGUUUCUGCCGUUCCCGACCGCUGAUGGUAUCGGCCACGACGCCAAAGUCGGGCUAUGCGCCGGGUGAAACGAUCGAGCUGGAGGUGUUUGUGCAAAACUCGAGCAAGGUGGCGGUGAGCGAAAUUGAGAUCAAGUUCCAGAAGAUCCUCAAGUUUACCAGCCAAACGCGUGUCAUCGCCCAGACGCAGAUACCGAAGGAGGAGAACAACAUCCAGUACGAGGUGCUGGAGGUGCACAAGAUACCAACCAUCGAGGGUGAGAACGAUGCACGGUUUGUGGAAAACUUUGUCGUCGGCCCGAUUCCGUCCACCGAAACGACGCACAGUCGGAUCGUUGCUGUGGGGUACGAGCUGGCACUGGUCGUUAAACCACAGGCCUCUACGAAGCGCAUGAAGCUGAACAUACCGAUUACGAUCGGCCAGAUCCCGUUGGCAGGAUCUGCCACGCCGUACUCGAUAUCGGGAGGACUGCAAAAGCUGAACAAUACCUUGAAUGAACAUAGCAGUGCGCCACCGGCGUACGAGGCCUAGUCGCGAGAUGCGUGAUUGAUAGCACACCGAUGACAACCUGGAUUUACCUUGUGAUAGAGAUUAGACAAACGAAAAUUGAGCGAACGAGCGCAUCAAGUGACGUACUAGUGAUU